GUUUACCUCUGUUGUACCUGUUCAGGAGCAGCGACGUCACGCAGAGGGCGUGGCCUCCUCAACCUGUGCGCGCACUGAUGUGUGAGGCACUCUUGCAGACGCUGGAUCACAGAGAAGGAAAUGUGAAUCAGAGAAGCGACGGCGGCGUUUUCCACCUGGUUUGAAACCGGGAACGCGUGUGUCGAUGAUCUUUACAGCGGUUUUCAACUUGUGUGAACCACACGGAGCCUGAAGCGCUUGAAGAUGAUGCUCAACUUUUUCCCCGUGAGGAAAUUCAAGCGCAACGGCAGAUAUAUCGUGUUCGGGGCGGUGCUGACGGUCGCGUUACUGGCGGCUUAUCUGGAGUUCAUGGCCACGAGCGAGUUGAGCAGCACUGGUAUAACUGUCCUCAGUGAAAGCGCUGCUUGGGCAAAAGCUGCUGCUGCUCGACAUGCGGCUCACAACUCUGAUGAUAAUCAUGAUAAAGACAUCUGGACACCAAAAAACACUAAACAGACAUGGAGGGUGGAGUAUAAAGGAAUGGCGAAUCUUCACGUCUUUGAGGACUGGUGUGGCACAUCUAUAGCUCAACUACGGAAGAAUCUACAUUAUCCACUAUAUCCUCACAAUCGUACAACUGUGAAGAAGCUUGCUGUGUCACCCAGCUGGACCAAUUAUGGACUCAGGAUAUUUGGAUACAUACAUCCUUAUACUGAUGGUGACUUUCUUUUUGCAGUGGCGUCUGAUGAUAACAGUGAGUUUUGGCUCAGUGAUGAUGAGAAUCCAGACAAUCUGAAGCUCCGCGCUUACGUUGGAAAGACAGGCAGAGAAUGGACCGCCCCAGGGGAAUAUGGGAAAUACGCCAGUCAGAUAUCAGAUCUUAUUCCUCUGCAAAAGAACAAUAAAUAUUUCUUUGAGCUUAUCCACAAACAAAACGAUAAAGGAACGGACCAUGUGGAGGUUGCGUGGCGACUCAAACAGAUCGGGAAUGGAUUUUCAAUCAUUGAUUCCAAGUUCAUCUCCCUCUACACCAAUGAGUCCUCUCUGAAGGCAGCAGAUGUCAAUCACAUUCCUCAGACCAUUGCUAGUCAUGUGACUCGGCUCCAGAGGUCAUCUCAGACUCCGCCCCUUGGAGUAGACAUGCUGAGAGCAGAUCCACGUGACACGUUUCAUCAGGUUCCAUUAUUGGACAGGGUGCGUUUGCAGGGAGUUUUACCUGACUGUAUCUAUAACCCCAGCUACAGCAUAAAGGGAUAUCCUUUAAUGCGCUACCAGGGCCUGCAGUUUGUGCACCUGAUGUACGUGUAUCCUAAUGACUACACACGGCUCACACACAUGGAGAACGAUAACAAAUGUUUCUACCGUGGGGAUCCAUAUUACCUGGAAAGAUACGGCUUCUCAAACUACAUUCAACUGGAUUUGCCUGAAAAUGAGGUCAAAUAUAAAGGAGACGGCAUGCUAGGAAGAGCCAUGGAUCUGGGCAGAAAUGAAGAUGAGGGCUUUAGGAAAGCUGGAAAGUUUGAGGAGAGGAAGCACAUGAAAGCCAUGGAGAGGAACAAGGUUCUCCAGGAUUAUGGAGACGAUUUUGAUGAUUAUACAAUGAAGAGACGCCGCAAUCUGUUUUCUGUCCAGAAACAUGGCAGAAUCAGAAAAAAGAGGGAAGAUGGGGACCUAAACAACCGAUUUCAACAGAUGGACCAAAACAACCAACCUAAGGAAAUCCAAAAACCACCUGAAGAACCACAGAACCACCCAGAGGGACCAAAGCAGCAACCAAGAAAGAAGAAGAAAAGGAGACGUCCUGAACAAAACCAACAGGACCAACACUACCUCCAAAACCCACUUUCAGAGGUGAAGAACUAUGACCAGGGAAAAGAAAAAGACUCACAUCGGUUUCAGAAUAUCGUCAUGGAGAAGAUCCCUGACCAGCAGAAUCCAGGACCAGCUCAGAGAGAAGAACGCUUGAGGUCAAAGGUGAAACAACAAGUGAACCAGUCACUCAAUCUUGAUGAUAGAAUUGAGCUCCACCUGCGUAAAGCCAAAUACAGCAAUAGUAGUGAUAGAAAUCCAGGUCUUGUGGCAGUCAGAGACAGAAAUAAUCCCACAGAGAACAUACGAGAAGCCAAUGAGAUGAAGCAAAGGUCAGUGACCAACUCUGGAAUUUUUAAUGAGGUCCAGAAGGAACGUCAUGAUCUUGUGAAUCGGAUGGGUAAUCGGAAAGUGAAUCUUGGAGAACAUGAGGACAAGGCACCCAAGAACAGAUUAGAUGAGGUUAAAGACAAACGGCCUUCCUUGGAUGGGGAUGAAGUCAAAGCAGUACAGAUAAAGAGGCUCAAACACCCAAAACAUGAAGCAGAUGAAGCCGUGCAUGUUUUGAAGGACAACCCUGAAAGGGCUGUAAAAGAUGACAACAAUAUUGUCAUCAAGCAUGAAAAUGUGGCUCAUCAUCUCCAAAUUACCCAACAUCAGCACCGAAACUCAUCAAAUAACGAGACCAAUGAACGUAAGGCAUCGGUCAUCACAACUCCAUCUAACAAAGAAUAUAACAGCCGCUGGGGUCAUGUGAAUGAUGUCAGAAAGGGGAUGGAGAUUCAGGAUAAUGCAAUACAUAUAGAAGAGGUGGGAGAAGGAGGAGAGGAAGAUGACGCUUGGGUGAAUCAGGGUUUCUCAGAGGACGAAGACUAUGAGCUCACAAACAGGGCUGUGUAUGACGUGGAAGUCAAGUGGUGUCAGACGUUCCAGGCUAAACCCCUAGAUCUGCACGCCUUGCGCUCCGACUGGAUCGAUCUGAAGUGUAAUGUGUCUGGAAACCUGCUGCUUGAGGAAUCAGAAGCAUUGUCUGUAGUGGAAGCUUUCAUGAAGAAACUAAACCAGAAAUAUCCAAGGCAGUUUUCUCUAGAGCGUAUUGUGAACAUUGAGAAGAAGCCUGAUUACAGUCGUGGCAGUAGAUAUCUACUGGAACUGGAAUUGCUGGAGGCUUCAGGACGCCACCUGAGCCUGGUUCAGUACAUCUAUGUAAAAAGAACUGAAGUCUGGGGUUCUCACAAAAAACAAAAGGCUCAGGGUGAAGAACUUAAGCUUUGCAAUCCAUAUAGCUUCUACUGGAACCCAACUGCUAUUGUCCACUUCAUCAUCCCAGUGAAGAACCAGGCCCGUUGGGUGCAGCAGUUUAUUUCAGACAUGGAGGAGAUAUACCGCACCACUGGAGAUCAGAACUUCAACGUCAUCAUUACCGACUAUGAAAGCAAUGAUAUGAACAUAGAACAAGCACUACAGAGCUCUUAUUUACCCAGGUAUCAGUACCUCAGGUUAAGUGGAAACUUUGAGAGAUCAGCAGGACUGCAGGCAGGAAUAGACCUCAUUACUGAUGAUCACAGUAUUGUGUUUCUAUGUGACCUGCACAUCCAUUUUCCACCUGGCUUCAUCGACACUGUGAGAAAACACUGUGUGGAGGGGCACAUGGCCUUUGCUCCGAUAGUCAUGAGACUGAACUGUGGCGCUACACCUUUGGAACCUGAUGGUUAUUGGGAGGUCAAUGGCUUUGGUCUUCUGGGCAUUUAUAAAUCCGACCUAGACUCCAUCGGGGGCAUGAACACCAAAGAAUUCACUGACCGCUGGGGAGGAGAGGACUGGGAACUACUGGACCGGAUCCUUCAGGGGGGGCUGGAGGUGGCGCGACUCUACCUGAGGAACUUCUUCCAUUACUUUCACUCAAAGCGUGGAAUGUGGAACCGCCAGGUGCUGCGCAACACGUAACCGUGGCAACAGCCUCGCUGCUGCUGAGCAACGGUUACCAUGGCACUUUAAACUUCAGGACAUUCUGGAUGUGAAUUUGAUGUGAUCAUUUAGUGGAAACACGCCUGUGAUGUUUGGGUUGUUGCAUCCAAACCUCACUUGAUCAUUUCCAAAGUUGGAAGGUUUCUCCAAAGCUAGCUAUGCUAUCAAGAAAAACUAACUUUAAAGGAACUGAUACAAGUUAGUGAUGGCUUCAGCAUCACUUUGUUGUUGUCGUCACUUCAGGUCUAUAAUAUGCCUUCAGUCGAGUCUAGUUGAGUAUUCUGUUCUGACAGAUAGAAAUAUGACGUUCAAUGAGAUUAAUAUACUGAGAAAAAGUGUAUUUAUUCAGGUAGGUCUUGGGUGAGGGUUUGACUUUGCACACUGUUAUAUAUGUUUUAUGGCGUGUGACCUCUUAGGGACUGAAAGAAUCAAGAUGUGCAAUAUUCACAGAGCGUGUUUGUCGAAGAAAGUGAAUUCAUUCAGGUUAGAAAUGCUGUUCUGUUUUCAAAUCAAUCUCACAAAGCCUGUCAAAAACUAUCUGUCACAUAUCAACCUCAAAAUACAAAAGAAAUGACCUUUUGUUAAAAGAAUAAUUUUUUUACUAUAAAGCAGAAAAUAGACAGAAAUACAUAUUAUUCAAUUUAAAGUUAAAUCAUUUCAGUUUAAAUAAUGGUAGCAUUGGUCUUUAUGCUGAUUUAAAUAUUAAAAAAUGUCUUCAUAUUUUUUUUUUUGUAAUACCAUACAGGAAAAUAAUUAUUAUAGAUGUGCUUAAUUGUCAUUGAAUAUACAUAAUGUCACAGUACCUUCAUUCGAGGCUUAAUUAUCUUUAUGCAAAAUGUAAUUUAUUUUGAGGAGAGUAUGAAAUGGCUUAGUUGUUUUUGUUUUUGUGUUUUAUAUUUGCCAUUUUGUAGUGGUUUUGAAGGAAAAUGAAAAUGUUCUUUUUUUAUAUAAAAUAGAAAGCGUUUUUCCAGAGUUCAUGACACAUUCCAGUGAGUAAACCUGGCUCAAGAUGAUUUAGACUGAUUCAAUCCUGUACAAUAUUACUUAAAACAAUUAAGAUCCGAAUAUUCAUCAUAAACAGUCAAUUUCAAUCCUUUACUGUAGGGUUCUUAUUUGGUUUGUACUCUGAAUUACAUGCAAAAUUUUCCAAAUGAAAGCUGACAUAAGACAUGCAAACUCAUAAGUGCCUUCUGUAUUUAAUGUGAAGGAAAUCAGAUGGAAAUAUCUACUGUACACACUGUUUUGUGUGGGGAUUUAGUGCUGUUUUUACAGAGAUUUUUUUUAAUGGUUACAAAUGAUCUAAAUGUUGCUGCCUUGCUGUCUGUUUGUUUGUUUUUUUUGGUGACUUUUUUGUAAAAAAAAAAAAAAAUCAAAGCAUUGAAAUUGUGAUAGUUAAUAGUGUAAUACUUAAAAAAAUUAAGUUGUAUUUUUAAUUUAUUUUUCCAAAUAUUUAGUUGGCACCAUAAUUAAAAUGACCUUUAAGCCAUUCAUGCAUGACACCAACAACCUUAAAAUAAAAUGUUUCUUCAGAUUUCACCUGUUGAUGAGCAUUAAGCAAAUAAAUUAAUUAGCUUACUGUCUGACUGCAGCAUUGGAUAAGGUACUUCCUUUCUGUCUUCUGUCUAUCAGCAUGUUAGCUUCAUCAUUCUUCUGUUCCAUCACUCCAUCGUUACAGAGGCUGAUCCCUGUCUGUUGUGCCAGACUCCAGAAAUAGCAGCUUGUAAAUGUGCAUCAUUGCUGUAAUAAAUAACUAGACCAACACCUCGAAGAACAUUUCUCAGUACUGCAAAUGUCAAUGAUUUGUUUAUAGUGGAAGCAGAUACAUUUCUUUUGGAAAAAGUAAAUAAAUGCUUUUCAUGCUUCGAAGCUGCGUUAAAGGGAUAGUUCACCCAAAAGUAAAAAUCACCCCAUGAU